GGCACGUAGCAAUGCGGCAUACCAACAACCCGGGGCCCUCGGGCGUGGUAUACUAGCAUGCAGUACCUGCAUGCGGUGUACCCGCAACUCGGAGCCGGUUACUUCUGGCGAUCAUAAAUCAUCUCGUAUGGAGAACUAUGUUUGUCCUGGUCCAGUUUCAAGCCUCCAUGGUAUACCCGACUUAGUGACUCUUAUUUCAAGCCGCCAUGGCGAAUUGCACUUGUGUCCGUACAAGAUCGUACGGUGUCUACGUCAAAAGUCUUUUGUUAACUGUUUUGGUAACACAUCGUUCUCCAAAAUGCAAUCGUCAUCCAAAACGCAGGCUCUCAGGUGUUAUGCUUAUUUACAACUCUCGUACGCUCGAGGGUUGGUUCUUCUUCUACUUUUGGCUCUUUUCGAACCUCCUGGCGACUGCUACGGUUUAUCGUUG